AUGACCCUGAUUGGGCUUCUGGAUUGCGCAGCCGGAAAGGUUCGGCUGGAUCAAAGGCCCUCGCUACAAAAUACUGUCCAACAAAUUGUCGGCGGGUCACGCGCUUCCUGUAUAAAGCCAGAAUUAGCUCAAGCAUUCAGCAAGACACUGUCAAAGCUGCAGAGACGCAAUGAGCCUACUAUCGCGGAACGGCUGAUGCCUUUUCUCGUCAAGAGAGACCGAACAUUGCCUGCAGAUGAGGAAGACGGUGAGGACAGCAUUGUCUCCGGGAAAGAGGCUGAUAGGCCCACUCUCCGAUCAUUUGAACUCGAUCACCUCGAUUGGAGCAUCGACAAGGAUUUCGCGCGGGCCUCUGUCCCUUUUCCGAUCACUGAGACGCGGAACCCUUCAGAUUUUGGCAUCAAGAAUCCAAAACCCGACAUCGUGUAUGGAUUCGAACCAUGUGCCUUUGAUACUCAACAACAGAAGGCUCUGUUGACCUUUGAGCCCGAACUAUCGGGAGGCAUUAUCAGUCCCUUCUUACGUGAUACAAUGGAAAGGAUUCGCGGGGUCGAUGCAGACUGCAAAGGAUCAAGCGCGGCGUGA